UCUUUGAAGGUCUACUUGGACAAAAAGCUACGUGAUCUAGAUGAUUCAAUAAAACGCAAUCUAUUUAGUGAAAAAAAGAGCUUACAGUAUGAUUUGAAAAAAAAUUUUGACGAAUUAAAAAAUACAUUGUUGGCUAAUAAUCUACCUGGAACUCCUCAACUUAGCCUAUCUGAUGCGAAAAUGAAAUUAGAUGUGACAUUACCCUUUACAGAUUUAGAAGAUUUUAAGAAAUUUGAUGACGACGUAAAAGAGUCAAAUUCAAAAAAAGAAGCAUUGAUGGUACUUCUUCGUGUUUUAAUUUAUGGACAGACUACUGCUAGAGGAUGUAUAUGUAAAAUGGCAUCUGCUUUAUUGACUAAAAGUUUUGAAUCACACUAUUCAGGGACAGGAAAAAUAAUAAAAGGAGUUGGAAAACUCAACUUCAGUAGUACGGAAACUUAUAAAUGCAUGAGAGAUGUAGUUACCGAAAAAUUUGGUGAUUCUGGGGAAUGCAAAAAUUUUGCCGGAAAAGUUGGGAAAUGGCUAUCUGGUUAUAAUGACCGAGAGCAUGGGCGAAAAGAAAGAUCUCUCUCGGCA